UCCGAUGAAGUGCAAACAUAGGUUAUUUAACACGCUAGCCUACAAUGGAAAACAACGACAACAACGAAGAAACUGUUCUCUGUGGAAACUGUAAAAAGGACAUCGCGAAAUCAAAUUUCGCACUUCAUGAGCCUCAUUGUAGACGGUUCUUAUGUGUCUGCCCUGACUGCGAUGAGCCGGUUCCGCGAGAACAGCUCGAGGAACACCACUCAGAACAACACACCCAGGUUAAUUGCUCCAAGUGCAACGUUAAAGUGGAACGCUGCCACCUAAUGGAUCAUGAGGCAGAUGAGUGCAAGGAGAGGUUGGUCAGUUGUGAGUUUUGCCAGCUGGAACUCCCUCUGUCCCCCAUGGAGGAGCACACUGUGGCCUGUGGUAGCCGGACUGAGCGCUGCUUAGACUGUGGCCGCUAUGUCACCCUGAAGGACCAGCUCCGUCACGCCAAGAUCUGCUCCUCUUCAGCGGCAUCAGCAGAUGCUAUCACUGAUGAGCAGAAAGCUGCAGCUCACGACACAAACAGGCCAACUCUAGCUCUUUGCUGGAAAUGCAAAAGUUCUGUUUUAUCAGAAUGCCUAGAGGAGCAUCUGUUUCAGUGCACCUCCCCCACACUAUCCGAGGCCCAGGAGGACGAGAGAGAUGAGCGGGCCUCAGCCCCGGAAUCAGACUCAGAUUCUGUGCUCCGUCUGUCUGAUGUACUGAAGAGAGGAGGGGAUCUGGACCAGAUCAACACCUGUCCCAUCUGCCACCUGGCUUUGCCACGUAAGACUCUCAGCUGGCACGUGAAAAAGUGCAAAAUUUUUGAACAUCUGAAGUGCACUGAGAUCCAUGAAAGGAAGUGAAAUGUAGGAUGAUGCGCCUGAUGACCCUACAAUUAGUGAACAAAAUGUUCCUUCCAUCUGUAAAGUACUUAGAAACGCUCACGCUAACUCACUUAUGUUUGAAAUAUGUGAGCAUUUAACAUAGCCUAAUGUUAGAAAUUUGAAAUAUAAGAUGGUUGUGAUAUCAAUUCAGGAAAAAAUAGAACAAUAAAUACAAUAUACAAAUAAAAUUCACAGAUACGUUCAAAUAUUUUCAU